AUAGAAAUACAUAUUUGGAGAUUUGUCUGUGAAGUUUUGGUCAUGAACUGGCUUAGCAUUCAGCCUCAUUGCUGUAUCUUUGGCAAUUGUGCGGGAAGCUGGCCGUGGUGUUGGUGUGUGUGUGAGUGAGAGAAAGAGAGAGAGAUAGUGUGUGUGGUGUCUGAGAACUCAUCUAUGAGCGUCACUUCGAAGGAGUGUAGCCUGGAGUUUUAGGGUGUAGCAGUGCGGGGGGUGGGAAGAGAAGAUUGCGAGAAGUGAACAAGUAGAGGCAGGGUUGGGAGUUGAAGUGGUGCUUUCCAUGGUUUGAGCUGUUAGUAUCUCAGAUGGUUCAUUUUUUAUCUGAUUUUCUUUUUAACCCUGCAGCUACUCUUUUCAAUUCGACGGGUUCUCAUUCAUGAUGGAAUUAAUCAUUUGGAUACUGAAAAUGAAUUCGCACGCGUUCUGACAACAUUAGGGUUUACUCGAGGGAGGAGGACCGAGUCGUCGUUGCUGAAUCCAGAUUACCUUUAUUUAAAGAAGGACAGUGUGCCACGCAAAUGAGAAUGUGAAGCCCAUGGGUGCUGUUCUGAGCUAACGAUGGUGUGUCAAUUUGGAACGGGGCGGUUUGUGCGAGGAUACAAGAGUUCUCGUCCUGUGCAUAUUGUGGUUCAUAGCUUGUUAAAGCCUUGCUGUCAGGAUUUGGCAUUGCUUUAGGAAUCGGCAGCGGGAAACAUGGUGGAGAUGGCUGGGAAAAACUUGAGAGCGCGAAAGGGUUAGGUUUCGAGUAAUAGGAAAUGUGAUAAAUCUUUGAAGGGGUUGAAGGGCACUGUUUGGAAGGUAACGCUGGCGCGUACAGGCGACACCUGAUGGCGGAUCCGCCUCAGCCGCAUACAAAAUUUGGGGCUGUUUACGUGGAAUUGAAAAGACAAGGCAGAAAAAUCGUAGAAUCCGUCUCGACCGUGGUUAGGGAGAGAGGAGGAGGAAAAAGCGGGAAACAUGCUGAGUGUGGUGCGGGUGCACCUCCCGACCGACAUACCGAUCGUAGGGUGCGAGUUGUCGGCCUAUGUGUUCCUGCGUAGGGGUGACUCGAGUCUUUCUCCUGAAGAUGUCACGGAGGCGUCGUCAACCGACGGCUAUUUUCUCCAGUGCCGAUGGUUUCGAUUGCAGAGUGAGCAGAAAGUUUUAGUCUGCUGUAUUCAUCCAUCUGAGCCUGCUACACUGCAAUGUGUGCAGUGCUUAAAAGCAAAACUUCCCCAGUCAAAGAGUUUGCAUUGCACGCAAAAGUGUUUCACGGAUUCAUGGCGACACCAUGUCAUUAUGCACCAGGAGACCGCUGAAAAGCGAGAAAAUAACCUUGAAGAGGAUGAUUCCCCGUUCUUGUUCAACUCGAAUCCGGCGAAGUCGCUGCGAUCUCUCGAUGGGAGUCUUUCUGGUGCUGCGACACACAGUGCCAAUCUCAGUAAUGGAUCCAUUUUCUCUAGCCCUGUUCGGAUGGCAUCCCACAACCAGAAUCAAGAAGCUGGUGAUGUAUGGUGUGAAGUUGGGCAGGGGAAGACCUACACCCCCACUACGGAGGACAUAGGUCACGUACUGAAGAUAGAAUGCGUGGUUAUUGAUGGAAGUACCGGGCGGCCAGCGGCUGCUCCAUAUCAGAGGUUAACGUCUCGUGUAAUACCUGCACCAUCGCCCACCCCGCGGCGGUUGAUACCCGUAAAUGCGGUGGAGGGAACUACUCCUGUAGAGACUGAUGGGCGAACGUCGAGUUCAGGGACCUUCACUGUGUUGUCGUAUAACGUUCUGUCAGACUUGUACGCCACCAGUGAUAUGUACAGCUACUGCCCCCCGUGGGCAUUGGCAUGGACAUACAGGAAACAGAAUCUACUUCGGGAGAUUGUAGCAUACCAUGCAGAUAUUCUUUGUCUUCAGGAGGUUCAAAGUGAUCAUUAUGAAGAGUUUUUCGCGCCAGAAUUAGAAAAGCAUGGAUACACGGGUGUGUAUAAGAAGAAGACUGGUGAGGUGUAUACAGGGUCUGUUUAUGUUAUUGAUGGUUGUGCAACAUUCUUUCGAAGGGAUCGCUUUUCCUUGGUGAAGAAAUAUGAGGUUGAGUUUAACAAAGCUGCACAAUCUUUGUCGGAGGCUUUGGUACCAACAACAAAGAAAGUGGCUUUAAGUCGGCUUUUGAAGGAUAAUGUAGCUUUGAUCGUGGUACUGGAAGCGCGUGAUACUGGAGGAUUCACGGAUUCUCAAGGAACUCCUGGCAAGCGUGGCCAGCUUCUUUGUGUGGCAAACACACAUAUUCAUGCAAAUCAGGAACUCAAGGACGUGAAGCUCUGGCAGGUGCACACUUUGCUUAAAGGACUUGAGAAGAUAGCAGCCAGCGCAGACAUCCCCAUGUUGGUUGCCGGUGAUUUCAACUCUAUUCCUGGAAGUGCACCUCACUGUCUGUUGUCGACAGGCCGUGUGGAUCCUACUCAUCCAGACCUGCAAGUUGAUCCUCUGAACAUAUUGCGACCUGCAAGCAAACUGUGCCACUCCCUGUCACUGGUGAGUGCUUAUGCAUCAUUUGGAAGGAUGAAUGGGCUUGGUCCUACGGUGGAGAAACGGAUGCGUCAAAUGGAUCCAACCACUAGUGAACCACAAUUUACGAACUGUACCCGAGAUUUUCUUGGCACCCUGGAUUACAUCUUCUACACCGCGGACUCGCUCACUGUGGAGUCACUUCUGGAACUGCUGGACGAAGACAGUUUACGCAAGGACACGGCGUUACCCUCUCCAGAAUGGUCAUCAGACCAUAUCGCCUUAUUGGCUGAGUUCCGCUGCAAGCCUCGCAUUCGUCGUUAGAUCGGGCUCUGCAAGAUUUGUCCAAGUCUUUUGAACUCUUCGCAGUAUACGCAAUCCUAGGAAUUUCCGCAGUGAGCAAGCUGCCGUCUGUCUCACAGUUUCUUUUCCGUUUGGGUUAUUCGAUGUGGCAGAGAAAAGUAGAGAGGCUCCGAUUGAGUAUCUAUAACUUAAUUGUUCGCUUUGACGAGAAUCACGUGGUUCGAAUUAUACCAAACACGAAGAAACAUUUGUUUUUACCCUCAUUGAAUAGUCAGCAUUUCUUCGAACGUGUAACUGAGGCCAGGGUUGAAUUUGGAGUUCUCUGAAGUGGCUGUCAGCAGGUCAUUGGCCAUAUUUCAGCAACUUCCAAUAGGAGAAAGCGGUUCAAAGUAUAUUGCCAUUGCAGAUGUACAUUUUGAUUGCAAACUGGGUGUUCGUCGUUGAACGUAACCUACUUGCUUAUGUGAGCGGAAUAACAGAGCUCAAUUGUGUCCCCCUUUUUUUAAUGUAUGUGCGGAUAAUGGUUUUUCCCAUCA